AUGGGAAAAUCUAAGAUUACAAAAACUCCCUCAACCAGAGUACAAUACGAUGAGGAAGAAACAAUGAAUGAAGAAGAACGCGAAGCUUUCAUGAAAGCUAUGGAUAAAAUGACGAAUCAAAGCAUGGAAACGAUCAAAAAAGUUUUACUUAUUCCGUUUAUCUAUGCUAUUGGCAUUGUAUUAAAGUUGGUGCCUGGAUUAACUCGAGAUUUAUACCAACAACCUACUUAUUAUGAGCAAAGUUUUACGGUUUUUAUUAAUUCUCAAACAUCUGAUUUUCAUGUAAUAAUUUCCCCUGUUAUUUAUGUUGUAAUGGCAUUUGUUAUUCUUAAAUGCCGUGGUUCCCUCUUUUUUGCUGUUUCUAUUUCGAUUUUAGCCGAAUUAUCUGAAUCUUCAUUCUCUUUUGCCUCGCAAAACUCAGUCUAUGCCGUUACAUCUAUUGUCGUGCUCGGUGCAUUUUACGUAUCUCAGAAAGUUUUAUAUGUUAAUCCUUAUGGAUUACAAUGGUUUGGCUUUUAUAUUGUUGCAGCAACACUUUCCGUCAUUGUUUUAUUUGUUAGCAUGAACUACCUUGGUGUUGUCCUCGGAAUGUACAUGUCUAUCUUUAUUUCUUCGAUUUCAAGGUUAGGUGCUGUAAAAGGCUCAAAGCCAAAGAUGGUAGUUGAGGUCAUGUUACUUCUCUUCACAUCUUAUAUCGUAUUUUUACCAGCAGCUUUCAUGCAUCGAUACUUAACCACUCAAAAUCCAGAAUCAGUCAACUUGGUCAGGCCAUACGUACGAAACAUGCAAUUAUACGUAAAGGAAUGGGACAGAUACCCAAGUGUCCUCGAAUUUGGUGUAUUUGCCCUUGCUGUUUCAAUUUUAUUCUUCGGAAAAUACAGAUACACAAGUAUAGUACCUCUCAUUCAAAUAUUUGUUGCUAUAUUGGGUACAUACUUGAUUCAAGUUGAAACUCCUGGAGAAGCUGCAGCUUACAGAUUUUAUAUCAUCAAAACUCUUUUGAUGAUCGCAUCUGGCAUCAUUUUCAGUGCAUUCAAGAUUCCAUUUAUUGCUCAGCUACUUGUGGGAAUGGCUUUAAUUCUCCAAGUUGUUUAUCGUUUAGCUGACUACUUUUCAAGACAAUUUAACUAA